AUGCCUAUCGAGGGCGUACAGCAGAGGUAUGACAACGACGACGAUGGACUGCAUCCCGAUGACGUUCUAAUCACGAAAUGGUUUCCAGAAUGUACAACUCUGGAAUUGUUGGACCGACGCCCAGAAAGAUGGGAUAUGCUCUCAGACGCCCGAGAAGCAGAGGCUGAUAUCAAGAACGGCACACAUCGCGUCCCACCACAGGUACCCUGGCCAAAGCCGCCUCCCCGACCUCGAUGCGAAUUAGAGGUCGGUAUUGAAGAAUGGCGACGGCCGCGGUUGCGCAUGAUGGAUCAACUCAUCGCUCAAUGGAAGGCAGCAAACAACAACCAUCCUCGGUGCAACGGAACUCGAGCUACUUCUGUCACAAAGCAAAGCUCGCAGCCUAAACCCCAUUGCCCGAGCAGAGCUCAUCGCGCACUGCAUAUCGCCGAGAUCUUAGAGAUGAUUGUUGACCUGCUAGAUCCCGAGUCGAUGCUCAGUGUUCGGUCAGUCUCCUCUACCCUGCGAGACACUGUGGCGGUUGUUCUCGGGUUACAAUACCGCAAGAAUUUCCCGUGCGAUCCCAUCUCAUACCACGACCUGAUGCCAUCGGACCUCGACUGGAUUCCACCGACUGAGACUGAGAUUUCCGAACUGGAUCUUGAUAUCCGCAAUCGCUUAGUCCCCCGUACCACGCACGCAACUCGAUUCCUCCCCACCGCUCGAAUCGUGCAGGCUCAAUGUCUUCCAGCCGCAACCUGGACAGCUACUCGAAAUAUGUGGAAUUCCAGGUACUCCCGAUACGUCGACUGGGUUCCUCAGCUAUCACUGGAUGCGGCAGACAACCGCUGGCUCGACCUCAGCCAAAUCAAGAUCAACCCAUACCUGAGCCAUUGCUUUGGUGACCGGGCUCAGGAAACAGACGGAAUGUUUGAAAUAAAGCUACGACCUGGCCCUGAGCUCAUAACCCAAUCUCCGUUCGCACGGCUGGAAGCCUUGAGUUCUCAGGUCCGGCCAAUGCACGCAACACAGCCUCCCUGCAAAAGCCUCGCAAUAGGUAUGUACGAGAGGAGCGUCCAUGGAUACGACGGCUAG